AUGUUUUACGGCAACAACUUUCAAGGGCGUACACCAGGAUGGAUGAACUUUAAAGAGGCAAGUGAAGUAAAGUUUGACGAUAUCUGGGAACUGAUAUUCAAAAUAUUUCAAAGCAAUACAGAAGGAAUUAACCCUGAUUCUUUCGAAAUAACAAUUACAACUGUUCGCUUACCUUCAGGAAAAGGAAGGGUAAAAAAAUAUCUUACUUUUGAAGAAGAAUGUCUAAAACGAAAAGGCAUUGUUACCAUAAAAAAAAAAGACAGUCUUUGCCUACCACAUACUAAUUUAAAUAUCAAAGAAAGUGGCUCUGGAAUACCUGAAUUGAAGAAAAUUCAAGAUUACUUUGGUGAUAAAUACAACAUAGUGGUUUAUGACUAUAGCAACAACAAAAAUGUAAUAUUUGAAGGAAAAACUGAGGGCAAACGAAUAAAUCUUCUUUAUUAUAAUAGGCAUUACAACGUCAUUACCUCUCUUACCUCAGCUUUUUGUAGAACUUAUUAUUGUGAAAAAUGUAAUAUCGGAUAUAACACUAUAGAUAGACAUAUGUGUGGAGGACGCUGUAAAUGUUGUCAGCAAUCACCUGCUUGCAAAAACGUUAUUGAAAAUAUAUCCUGUUUAACAUGUAAACGGACAUUUAAAGGUUUAAGAUGUUUUGAAAAUCAUGUAACUAAAAAUAUUUGUAUAAAUUUGCGUAAAUGCUUAACAUGCUUUAAGAAUUAUUCUACUAAAUAUGGAACACAUAAAUGCAACACAAAAAUAUGCAAGAAUUGCCUAAAACAAGUAGAACAAAAUCAUUUUUGCUACAUUACAGUUAACAAACAAAAACCUAACAUAGAUAAUUUUCUCUUUAUUUUUUACGAUUUGGAAACUAGACAAGAAAAAAUUGUAUAUGAAAAAUAUAAUCAAAACGCAAAAUUACAUGAAGCAGAUUUAUGUGUUUUUUCAACGAGAUGCCAUAAUUGUAUAAAUGAAGAGAAUUUAUUUUUCUGUUCAAAGUGUAAAUAUAGAUUAACAGUUAUUGAUACAAAUGUAAUACCAAGCUUUAUUGGUUGCGUUUUCAAAUUGUCAAAAGAAUUUAAAACAGUAACCGUUAUUGCACACAAUGGACAGAGUUUUGAUCACCAAUUCAUAUUAAAUGAGUUAUUACUUAAAAGUGAUUUGGAGCCCCAGCUAAUAAUGAAAGGUACAAAAAUAAUCCAAAUGUCAAUAUCAAACAUUAGAUUUUUAGAUUCGUUGAACUAUUUACCGAUGCCACUUGCUCAACUGCCAAAAGCUUUCGAUUUAUCAGUUAAUUUAAAGAAAGGAUAUUUUCCUCACUUAUUCAAUACAGAAAAAAACAAAGAAUACGUUGGACCAUUACCACCACAUGAAUACUACAAUCCAAACUUAAUGUCAAAACCAGAACGAUUAAUUUUCUUUAAAUGGUACGAUGAAAAUAAAAAUACCGAAUUUAACAUGCGAAAGGAGAUUGUAGAAUACUGUAAAAACGACGUAAUUAUUUUAACGAAAGCUUGUUUAAAGUUUAGAAAUAUUAUACUAAAAGAUAACAAUGUAUGUCCGUUUACUGAGGCUACAACCAUUGCAUCAACUUGCAAUUUGAUUUUUCGACGGAACUUUCUUAAAGCUGAAACAAUAGGACUAAUACCAAAAAAUGGAUAUAGAUUUACAGAUAUCCAAUCAAAAAUAGCUUUACAAUGGUUAAUUUGGGAAGAAGACCAGCGAAAAAUUAAUAUCCAACAUGCCGGUAAACAAAAAGAAGCUAUCAUAAAUAAUUUAAAAGUAGAUGGAUUUUGUGAAGAGACCAAUCAAGUUUUUGAAUUUCAUGGAUGCUACUAUCAUGGACAUCCAAAGUGUUUUUCUUACAGGCGUGACGAACCAUUAGAAAAAAACGCAACAGACACGCUAAAUUCAAGAUAUGAAGCUACAAUUUCAAAGUCAGCCCGACUGCGUUUAUUUGGUUAUGAAGUCAUUGAAAAAUGGGAGUGCGAAUUUAGAGAACAAUUGAUUGAUAACCCAGAUAUGUUUUAUUUAAACGAUCAUCCUAUUUUAAUAAAUCUUCCACUUGAUCCUAGGGACUCUUUCUUUGGUGGACGAACUGAAAAUAUAGUUACUUACUACAAAGCUAUGGAAAAUGAAAAAAUUAAAUAUAUUGACGUUUGUUCUCUUUAUCCUUAUGUUUGUAAAUAUGGUAAAUUUCCCAUCGGACACCCAGAGAUUAUUGUUGGAAACGAUGAAUGCAUGAAACAAAAUUUAAAAACUACAGACGGAUUAAUAAAGUGCUCCAUUCUUCCUCCAACAGACUUAUUUAUCCCAGUACUUCCAAUAAAACAAAACAAUAAACUAAUCUUUACUCUUUGCUUUACAUGUAGUGAAGAAAAAAAUAUGGACGAUUGUACACAUGCUGACAACAAAAGGACAUUGAAUGGUACUUGGGUUAUAGAUGAAGUGGUGAAAGCUUUAACAAAGGGAUACAAAAUAAUAGAAAUUCACGAGAUUUGGAAAUAUUCAGUCCAGCAAUAUGAUAAAACUUCAUCUAAACCUGGGUUAUUUACUGAUAUAAUGGAUAAAUUUUUAAAAAUAAAACAAGAAUCAUCAGACUGGCCUAAAACGUGUGUUAAUAAAGAAUUGAAACAGCAAUACAUAGAAGACUUCUUCGAAAGGGAAAACAUAAAAUUAGACGAAAAUAAAAUAUGUGCAAAUCCUGGAAAAAGAUCAGUUGCAAAACUUAUAUUAAAUUCAUUUUGGGGUAAAUUUGGACAAAAAGAAAACCAAACACAGACAGAAAUAAUUAAGACUCCAGCUAAUUUUUAUACACUAAUGACUGAUCCAAACAAGGAAGUUCAUCAUAUAUUGAUUAUAAACGAUGAGACUUUGGUUGUUAAUUGGAAGUUUAAGCAUGAUGAAAUAAAACCAUUGAAAACUGUAAAUGUAUGCGUAGCAAGCUACACCACUGCACAAGCACGAUUGAAGCUCUAUAAAGGUGAAUACGAACCACCGUUAGGUAACUUCAUCGGGGACAUGACAGAUGAGCUCACGUCAUAUGGCGAUGGUAGUUUUAUAACUGAAUUUGCUUCUGGAGGACCAAAAAAUUACGGGUACGCAGUGUAUUCAACAAAAAGUCAAAGUCAGGUAGCAACAUAUCUUGUUUUAAAUAAUGAUAAGGAAGGUGUCAAAAUUAUAACUUCAAAUUUCGUAAGAAAUAAUCAACACAACGUUAUAACAGCUCCACAAAUAAAAACAUACAGGUAUUCAGAUUCUUGUUAA